AUGACUACUUCUUUAUUAUUAUUUCUUCUAAUAACUAUUGAUAUUUUAUACUCAAUUGGGGGAAUGUCAAAGAAAUGUAAUGUGAUAGAGAUUGAACCUUAAGAGAAAUUAAUUUCAUAAAACUUAGGUAAGUUAUUAAUCGAAAGUGAUACAGAAGAAUUGGAAGAACAAAAUUACACUAAUUUUAAUAUCAUUAAUGAAUCCAUUAGAAUUUCAUCUUUUGAAAAUGAACAUAUAAUAUCAACAUUAAUAAUUGACUAUUUUGGUUUUAGAUAUAUUGAAGAUUAACUAUUUUGUAAAUUUAUAAAGAAUGAAAUCUAUUAUAUUUCUUGUAUAAAAGUUAACAAUUAUUAUGAAAAUGAUAGAUUGAACUAUUUAAAUGAAUAGAUUAUUAUAUCAAUUGAACUAAAUGAUUUGAAUAAUUCUUAAUGUUAAGAAUUUUUUAUCAAUUAAAAAUCAGAAUUUAUUAUAUUUUGUUUUGAGAAUUUUCAUAUGAAAAUCUACUGCAUUGAUUUAGAUAAUAAAAUUAGAUUAUUAUAAUAAUAUAAAAUCAAUUAAAAUUAAUAUGAAAUUUGUAAGAGAAAAUAUUUCAAAUUUGAUGAUAAUUAUUACUUUAUAUCUUUUUAUAAUUGCAAAUAUUGGAGUGUUUAUACUUAUUGGUAAUAAGAAAUUAAGGAAAUAUUAAAUGAACAAUUAGUAAACUUUAAACAAGUAUCAUAUUUAGAGAAUAUUUAAUUAUGUUAAAAUAGCAUUAUUUUGAUUCUAGAGACGGGGUAUCUAUACUUCUAUAUUAAUAAUUUGAAAUAAGCUCUAUAUCAAGUCUAUUUUGAAAUUCCAUCAUAUCUUAAAUAUGUUCUAUUUACAUAGAGUUGUUCUUAAUUAUGUUAUGCGCAAUAUAAUUAAUCAAGUAAUAUUACUACCAUAGUUUUUCAUGAUAAUUAUGAAGUUUUAUAUUCAUUUGAAGGUACAUACUUUUUAAUUGAAUCAAUUGGUAAAAUCCUUUUUAUUUAAACUCAAAAUCAACUUUAAGUUAUUUACAAUCUUCAGUACUAAUAAACUAUUAAAUUGAAUACUUAAUACAUGGUUUUUAAUAAAGAUCAUAAUUUAAUAUAUUGGCUUGAUGAGAUUAGAAAAGAGAUCAUUUUUUAUAAGUUAUCAUAUCCUAGAAAUUUGAUUGAACCAACCAAAAAAUAUAUAUUCUAUAUAGAAAGCUUCUCUUAUUAUUAAAAGGAGAUGAGAUUAUGCUAUGAGAUUAAAUAAAACAUGUAUGGAAAAUACAAAUUAACCUAGACGUUAGAUUUCAUUUAUCAAUGUUAAAAUAAAUCAUCUCUAUUUUACAAUAAGUUAGGUUUAUAAGUACCAUAUUAAUAUGAUAUAAAACUUGAUUAAAAUUUAGAAUUUGGAAUGAAUAUAUUGGAUUAGCAUUCUUUUUAAUAACUAUGUCCAAAAUUAUAAAACUUAAAUCAAUAAGAUACUAUUUUAAUAUAUUAUGAAACUAAAACUCCAAAAUCUUUUUCAGUUAUUCAAACUAAAAACUACAUUUAUUUCUAAAAUUGUCAUGAUGUAAAUAGAUUUGGAAUUCAUAUUAAAGAUUUUCAAGUAUUUUCUUUUUAAAGUUAAAUUCUAAUAUAUAAUUAGAAUAAAUAAGAAUUAAAACUUAUAAGAUUUAUAGAUUAAUAAAUUACUGAAUUUAAGAUUGAUAGCAAGAUAAUAAGAAUACUUCAAAGUUAAUAGUUUGUUUUAGUCUUCACAUCAGAUAAUAAAGAUCCUAUGGUGAUUGAUUUAUUAAAUAACUAUAUAAUUCAAUAUCAUCAAUAAAUGUAUUAAAUGUUGAAUAAAUUAAAUUAAAUUUAUCUUUAAGAUAAAUAAAAUUUUUAGAAUUAAAUAUCACAACAUUUUUAUUAUUCAUAAUUAAGCCCAAAAUAUAUAUAUUAUAAUAAAUAUUUGAUGAUUCAUCAUAAGAUAGAUGUUAAACUUUUUAGGUUAGAAAACAUUUAAAUUAUUUUAAUAAAAGAAAUAUUAAGUUAAUAAUAAUAUAUCCUAGGAGUACAUAUCAUCGAUAAUUAAAUAAUUUAAUAUUAUUUUGAUUAGGAAUAGAUAUCCAAAAUAUCUUCAUUAAAUUUAGAUGAAUAUUAAUUUAUUAGACCAUUAAAGUAUUAGAUCAAUACACAAUAUUUUGCUAUAGCUUGUCGAAAUCAAACUAAAACAUUUGUUUUAAUAUUUGAAAUAACAAUAACAAAAUCUCCAAAAUUGAUAAAGGUUAUUGAAAUAAGUAGAAUUUACUUCUUUUUUAAAGAAUAUUAAUUAUUUUAUUAUAAUUCUGAAGAUGAAAUUAAGAUAUUUAAUAUGCUAAAUUUUGAAAUUUAAUUAGAAAAUUAUAUUCCUAACAAAAAUGAAAUAGUAGAAAAAACUAAAGUUACUUUUUAAAUUAUAUCUGCAAAUAAGAGUGAUCCUAGAAUUAAUUUAGGAUUCAUAUUAAAGAGUUAUAAUUAAUGCUAUUAAUUGUUCUAAAAAAGUAAUAAUUUUUCAAUAAAUAUUAAUUAAUAAAAUAUCAUAACAUCUAAUUAUUUUUAUGGUCCUAUUGAAUCAUUAAAAAUAGAAUAUAAUGAUAAAGUUCAUAUAAAUGGACCAUUAUUACUAUAAUAAUGGAUUUAUCAGAAUAAUUAAAUUAGAAUCAAAAAUAUUAUAAUUGCACCCCUUCUUAUGAUUAAUUAAGUUGAAUAAAACAUAAUAGUAUUUUAGGAUGAGUUUGGAUAAACAAUUAUUUUGAAUUCAGAAGAAAUAGAAUUUACAAAGAUAAUUCCAAUUAAUGAACAAUUAAUAUUAAUCUUAUAUCCAACAAAUUCAUUAUUAUAAUUAAGAGGAGUUAUAUAUUUAAUUGAUGAAGAUAAUUCACAAUUAAAAUAAGAUCCUUUUUUAGAAAUGAAUUUUAAUCUGAAAAUACCACACUCUGAAUAUCAUAUUUAAAAAUUUGGUGAUCUAAUCAUAUUUAAAUCUUAAUCUCAUUUAGAGUUCUUUUAGAUCAUUAAUGAUAUUAUUCAAUAUAUCGAGAAUGAUUUCAAUAUCAUAGAAAUAAGUAAGAUUAAAGGCAAUAAUUAACUAUACAUUACUCUAUCAGAAUAGAAUAAUAGAAAAGAUUUACAAUUCCAGAUUCUCUAACUGAUUGAAUUUUAAUUUAUUUCUAAUGGAACCGCAAUUGUCUAAAUUGAAACUAUUUUAGAUGAAUUAAAUAAUUACAUUCCUAUUGGUCAAAAUUAAACUUUAAGCUAUAUUGCCUAAUUUUAUAUUUUAGAUUGCAAUAUUAAUUAUAAAGAUGUUAGUAUAUUACUGUUUCAAAUUUUACAAAAAGUUUCUAUAAUAAGUCAAAUUCACAUAAAUAUCGAUAAUUAUUCCAUUUCUUAUAAAAUUAAGAAAAUAAUCAGACAUGGAUUAGAAUUAGGCCUUAUGAGAUUAUAAUUUUAUAAUAAAAAUAGCCUAAUUCUAAAAUCAUAAACAAAUUCUAUAUAUUUUUAUGAUUUGUAAGAAGAUCUGAUAGUUUUUGAUUAUAUUGGAAGAAUAAUUGAUCAAAAAUAUAAUUAUUAUUAUCCUUUGAAUACUACACAUUUGAUUUUAUAUUAAGGAAACACUAGUUAAAUAUAUAUUGGUAAAAUAGGAUACAAAUUAGACAAAUAGGUUGAAUAUUUGGUAAAUUAAACAUUUACCUUGGUAGCUGAAAAUUCAGUAUCAUAAGCUAUUUGUAGUAUAAUAAUUAAUGAAAUUAAUGAAGAGUCAGAGGAUAGUACACUAUUAAGUAAACUGCUUAUUUUAUUGGUGUUGAUAGUAAUUUCUUAUUUCCUUUUAAGAAGGAUGCAACUAAAGCGUAAAUAAUCAAAUAAUGAAAAGCAGAGUAAAAUAUUUAAAGAUAAUUUGAAAGUAGAUUAAUGA